UUGGUUGCCAAUGUACACAAAAAUCGACUCGAGAGAAUUAUAUAUUUCGUGUGUUCCCUGACUCUCUGCAUAACAAAAUGCCCCCUAAACAGGGUUCAGCAGGGAAAAAGAAGCUGUCAAAGGCAGAGAAAGAGAAGCUUAAAGCGGAGGAGGAAGAAAGGAAAGCUGUUGAAGAAGAGGAAGCACGCCAGAAGGCAGAAGAAGAAGAAAAAGAAAGAAAGGAAAAAGAAAAACUUGAAGAAGCAGAAAAAAGAAAACUUGAAAAUGCUGAGAAGGAGAACCGUCGUCAAGAGAUGCUGGCUCUCACGGACCUGCAGGAGGGGAACCAGAACAGACUCAAUGAGCUCAAUAAUGAUAGGAGGAGAAAGGCUAAGUGGGCUCGUUACAUGCGUUGUGAUGGUUCCCCUGAUCCGACAAUCCCAGGAGAGAUAAACACAUACAUCAACCUGAGGCUGGAGGAUUCCAAACACAAUGAUAUCGACAGUGUCCUCAAACAAGGGGACCUCGACCUUAGUUUGAUCAAUGAGUUAGACUACCUGCUGGAGGACACACCAGAGUCAGAACUUGACAUUGAUGAGCUGGAGCGAUACAAGAGUCGCCCGAAUGGUCGACAAGAGCUUAUACAACUACUUAAGCAUACGAGAGAGGACCUGCAGCAGCUGAUCCAGACAAAGCUAGAUGCAGCGACAGUGAUGAUCCUGGGGCAGGCGACAGACCUGUGUGAUACUGAGACGUUCAACCUUCACUACCUAAAGGCCAACUCCGAGAUCUGCCUCUGCAUCUGGGGAAACCUCUCCAAAAAUCCCAGGAUCAAGUUGUUUGAGUUCAAAGAGCGAGGUUUCCAGUUUGAGAUCCCACGUCUGCUCACGUUGUCGGAUGUUGGGUUCCGUGUGCUGCUCACCCAGUAUGACCACUACUCCUCCACAUGCAAGUCAUACUACCCCAGGAAGAAGAAGAAGGAAGAGCCUAUUGAGGAGGUCAAGGAGGAGGUUCAGGAGCAGGAGAAGAAGGAAGAGGAGGAGGAGAAAGGAGAUGAGGCGGCGGAGGAGGGCGCUGAGAAGGAAGACACUGAGGACCUGAUGGCGAUGUUGCGGCAAAUGAAGGGAGAGGCCCCACCAGAGGAGGAAGAAAAGGUUGAGGAGGUGGAGAAAGCGGAAGAUGUUGAAGAGUUUGAAGACCCCAUUACUCCAGCUUGGCAUGAUUGGAGAAUUGAGCCCCCAGAGUGGGAGGACUUUGAUGAGGAUGAAGAUGUAAUGGACCUGCGGGCAAACCAUGUACUGGGCGGGGUGUUUCAUUUCAACCUGAUGCAGCUCCCACCCCAGCCCAAGACUGUCAACAACUGGGUCAUCACCAGAUUGGUGGACCCUCCUGUGAUUGAGUAUGUAGACUAUGUUGCGGACACAAUGAACCCCCUGUUGAACAAGGAGGGGGCCUCACCAAGCCAGGAGAAGGAAAAGGCUGCGGACACACAGAAGAGGGAUGAGAAGCCCCCAAUAGCAGUCACACUCAGGUUGCCCAUGGGGUGUCUGUUCACAGAGGAGCCGCAGGUCGCCCGCUGGGAUGACAAGAAGAAACACUGGCGCCAGGACGGCUUUACUGACUUCAAAUAUAACGAAGAGACACGGAUGUUUUCCUUUAAGACGGCAUAUUUCGGGACAAUGGCCCUGUUACAGGAUGCCCACAUCAACAUGCCAUUCCAGUCAUGGGAACUCCGCCCUCACAAGACAAACUCUGCUGUCCUCACCAUCAUAGCUGCUAUCAUUGAGAUUGAAAUUGAAAUCAAGGACGCCAUGUGCUGCCUAAGCAAGCCCGAUGACAAGCCAGAGCUGGAACACAUUAAAGGGCGAUGGCUCACUCCCAAAGAUUUGAUCAAGACGCUUCGCAAGGCUGGUAUAAAUGUGUUCCCAGCUGAUGACUCUGCCAAAUAUGUCAGCAUCCAGGAUAAGCAUCCAGUGAUUGAGGAGUGGUGUUAUGAGCAGAUAGCCCUGGCUGCAUCAGCAUACGCAUUCUCAUGGUCCAAAUGGAACAGCGAGACCCAGGACCGUGAGAAACUGCUCUUCCAAGGGGCAGAGUCCCUUGAGGAUCAGCCACUUCCUGAAGAGGACUGGUCCCUGUUCCUAAUGACCAAGCGCAGGAGCUUGAAGCUGAAGAUGACCGAGUUUGACGACGCCUACUCCGAGGACUAUGCCGAGGGCACUGCUUUCAAGUCAAACCUGUACCACCUGUUGACGGAAUACUCCACAAAGGAUGCAAGGGAGCGGAUAAUGGACACCAACUUUGAGUUUACGGACUGUGUACAUCAGCUACUCUCUGCCACAAAAGUCCUCACAUACGCCUAAAGCCUGGCUCACACAGGGACUUUAGUCAAUCAAAGUUGUUAGACAAUGCAUCUUUGAUUUAAAACUGUUUUUGAACAUCAUCUCAAAGAAUUGGAAUGCUCCUGAGUAAAAAAAAAUGGAUAAAUAUUGUUGUUGUUUUGACAUUUGUUUGAGCAUAUUGAAAUAUGCAUUUAAUUGUGGUCUUUAAGAUUCUUUUUUACUAUAUAUCUAAUAAUUUUACUUUAUUAUUUUCAAAUUGAAUAAAACAUUUUUUUUUACAUUGUGAAAAUUUUAAAGGUUACAUGUACAGUAUUUUGUUAUUAGAUUGAACACAUAUUUGAAGCCACAUCCGUCCAAUAUUUAUUUCAAUAUGUUUCUUGUUUGAGUUGACAUAUGUAACAAUUGCAUAUUUGAAUAAAAAAGUAUACUUAUAAAAAUAUCUUGAUUCCUGCCAUACUAUUCAAUUUAAACUGGGAGUAGGAUUGUUUUU